AUGCUGGAUGACUCGGGAACAACCGCUCCUGGUCAUCAUCCGUCGUUUUACUCAUUACCCCUCGAGCAACGAUCAUCCCGUUCGAGCCGAACUUUAACGAUCCACCCACUUACUCAAAAGGGUAAAGAUAUUGUAUUGGGCUUCAAGUCCGGUUGCACACGGAGUUUUCUUGCGGUUGGUCAAGAUUCUUCUUCAAGUGCGACUACUUUUUUCAUUUCUGUUCGCUUCGAGUCGGAUCAGUUCAUAUGGGCUGCAUUUCUUGCAUAUAGACCAGAUACUCUUAAAAUCCAUGCCCCCAAUAACAGCUGGCGUAUUACCUAUCUAUGCAUUCAGUCAUCCAUGAUGGUGGUGGUCGGUGCUUCUGGGGAUCGAACCAGUGACGGUAAUGGAGCUGGCAGAUAG